GACAAGGGUGACAACAGUGACAGCGGAGACAAGGGUGACAACAGUGACAAGGGUGACAACAGUGACAACGGUGACAAGGGUGACAACAGUGACAACGGUGACAAGGGUGACAACAGUGACAAGAGUGACAACAGUGACAAGGGUGACAACAGCGACAACAGUGACAACUGGUGACAAGGGUGACAACAGUGACAACGGUGACAAGGGUGACAACAGUGACAACGGUGAUAGCAGUGACAACAGUGACAACAGCAACAACAGUGACAACGGUGAUAAGAGUGACAACAGUGAGAACAGCGACAAAACUGACAACAGUGACAACGGUGAUAAGAGUGACAAGAGUGACAACAGUGACAAUGGUGACAAGGGUGACAACAGUGACAACGGUGACAAGUGUGACAACAGCAAAAACAGUGACAAGGGUGACAACAGCGACAACAGCAACAACGAUGACAAGUGUGACAAAGAUGACAACAGCGACAACAGUGACAACGGUGACAAGCGUGAAAACAGCGACAACAGUGACAGCAGUGACAACAGUGACAUCAGUGACUGCAGCGACAACAGUGACAAAAGCGACAACAGCAAAAACGGUGACAAUGGUAACAAUGGUGACAACGGUGACAACAGUGAAUAGGGUGACAAGGGUGACAACAGUGAUAAAAGCGACAAUAGUGACAACGGUGACAAGGGUGACAACAGCGACAACAGUGACAACAGUGACAAGUGUGACAACAGUUACAACAGCGACAACAGUGACAACGGUGACAAGGGUGACAACAGUGACAGCGGUGACAAGGGUGACAACAGUGACAACGGUGACAAGGGUGAAAACAGUGACAACGGUGACAAGGGUGACAACAGUGACAACGGUGACAACGGUGACAAGAGUGACAACAGCGACAACAGUGACAAUAGUGACAACAGUGACAACGGUGACAAGGGUGACAACAGUGACAACAGCGACAACAGUGACAACGGUGACAAGCGUGAAAACAGCGAC